AUGACGUUGUAUCCUCCUGCCGGUGCUUGCGGCGUCUUGCAGCUCGAAGUCUGCUGGGACAGCGACUUGAAGAUCAAAGUUGGUGAUGACAUCGUUCCUGUCCAUCGAAGCGUUUUGAUGGGCGGACGCUCGCGCUUCCUCUCAGACUUGCUGGGCCCAGACUUGGCAAGUAGCGAGGGACCAGUUUCCAUCCAGCCGCCGCAUCCUGAGCUCUUCUUGCGAGCUCUUCACUGCAUCACGACGCGAGCGCGACCAGAACUCACAGAAGCAGAGUUUGUCGGCUUCGUAAGAACUUCUGCUUUCCUGCAGAGUGAUGAACUCGAUGAGCGUUUAUGUGAAGCUAGUCUCUCGUCAUGGAAAGCGCUGACUCGCUUGCAUGACUUUAGGAACCCCUGUGUUCCUGCUCCGUUCUUGGAGCGUAUGCUCCUCAUGGCCAGAGAGCACAACGUCAUGAAUGUGACUGAUUGCCUGGAGGUUUUAGCCAUGUGGUGCAAGGAUGACAUUGAUGGUGGUGACACCGUGCUGGAGAAGCUUAUCAAAAUCUCUGAUAUGGAGGCAUCUGAGCUCAAGCGACUGCAGCACAUUAACCCAAGAUUUGUGGAGCUUCUGUCCUCCACGCAAGUGUAUCAGAUUAUGGGGAAGGCGUGCUUCCUCUGA